AUGCCCAGCGAACGCACGCCUCUCCUCUGGUCGCUCGAUGCCGACAACAGCGAUUUUACAACCGACCCGCACGCACAGUUCUGCAUGAUGACCGGUGUGCCUUCCUCUGGGCCGACCCCAGAUGGCAAAAAACCGCGAGCUGCACCAGCAGUGCCGCCCAAAUCCCUGUACGGCAGGGCGACUCGCCAACUCUCGAAGCAGACAUUUACCUACUACAUGACGGCCUCGCUGUCCAACACCAUGCUGCUGGCCCAGGUCGUGCUUGGCGCCGCGUUAACUGCCCUGGGGGCCUCGGAGUCGAGUCACAUCCUGAUCACCAUUUUCGGGGCUAUGAACACCAUCAUUGCGGGACUCGUCGCGUACCUUAAAUCGAGGGGUCAGCCGAUGAGGGCGCGCAUGUACCGAGAUGAUCUGGAGAGGGUGGUCGACGAGAUCGAGAACUCGGAAGUCAUGUGGUUAGGCAUCACGACGGGGGUCAACGGGUACGAUGAUAUCGAUACAGGGGAUCGCAAGGGCGGAGAAAGAGGGGCGGCGGCCGUGACUGUUCGGAGUGAAGUCGCCAGACUCACUAGGUUGUAUGAACGCGCAGUCAGGAAUAACACCGUCAAUAACCCGGACAUGUACAUGACGGGCGCCGUGGACGGGAAUUUUGGAGGGGCAACUCUGAGGAAUCGAGCUGGAGCUGGAGUGGGAGGAGGCGGGCAGACUGCUGCGUCGCCGAUGCCAGUGCCAGCACCCAUAACGACGCCGGCCGUUGGAGUAAACCCAGGUGGCCCAGCGGAGGUAUCCGCUCCAGCAGCCGCACCGCCAGCUCAACAGCCGGCGCCGGAUCCAGAUGAGAGUCCGGCCACUGCACCACCGAAGCCGAAGGAGGACAAGAAACCCGAAGAAAAGAAGGAAGCGGAUAGCACGAAGGGCAAGGAUAAAGAAGCCGAAGAUGCAAAGGGCGAUGAUGCGGGAUCGUCCGAGCCAGCUGAUUCCAAACCUGAAAAGAAAGAAGGGAAGGCAGCAGACCAGGAGCCAGCGCAGAAGGAACAGCGACAGGAACACGAACAGGACCAGCAACCACAGCAGCAGCAACAGCAACAACCACAACGUGAUCCCGACGCUGAGCCUGCCAGCGACCCGAACGUUCCCUUGAAGAAGGUCGCUGGUGAUUCGACGGACGGGGACAACUAG